AUGGCCGAGACUAACAGACACAUACGGUUUGAAGCGUUACACUCAGCGUUAUCCUAUGCACUCCAGAAGACGCUUUCGAAAAUUACCCUCAAGGCCUUUGUUUCAUGUUAUCCACAAAUUGACGUUUCCUCUCUAGAAUAUGUGAGGAAACAAGUAGUGAGUUCAUGGCAGUCGAAGGCUGAAUCUGAGUUUCAGAAGAUAUUUAUGGAACGACAAUUGCAGUUGCAUUUGAACGAAUUGGAUAAAGUUAUCGAGAAAGCUGAGCAAAGAAAAUGCAAUGGGGAGAAAGUUCAGAUUGAUGUAUCCGAUUUGUCACCCACCGAAUUGGUGAAGGCGCAUAUGAUUACCAUGAAAAGAGAGGUAGUUAAGAAUCUGGAUGAACAAUUAUCUGCUCUUCGAGAGUCUAACGAGAAGCUCCAGAAACGGCUAAAUGAAUAUAAACUAGAUAAAACUUUGGAUAUGCAUGAGUAUCCUAAACUCCUAGACGAUCUAAAAAUAAUUGACGAGUUAGAUGAGCAGGAGGAGGACAGUAAGCUGAAGAGCAUAGUAGAAUGGGCUGUAGAUGAGAUGCAAUUUUCUUGA